AUACACUGACGGCUGACAACGACCAGUCCUUUCACAGCCAAGACAUGGGAAGAUAUGUUACUCAUACGACGUAUGCAACUCCAACGCCCCACACCCUUACCUUAUCACGAAACGCUAAAGUCGAGCGACCGCCCGACACCCUUAAUGGUUUAAUUCGUCUCUUACUUAUUGACUCUGGCAUGCCUCGUCCCGGACGGGAAGUUGCUUUACUGUGGGCGGGCGACGUUCGCAACCCGACUCUUGGCGAAAACGACAAGCUCCGCACCCCCGCCCAAACAUUUCUUCAGGAGGCACACCCCCGAGAUCCCAAAGCACGAUUCGGAUGUGAUGUGAUGUUCAAGCUCCGCGGCAAGACCGCAAAACUCACUCCAAAGCGUGAUCCACAGGUGGGUUUCGGGGUAUUGCUUGGCCGUAGCGCCAACUCUACCCCUUACUGCUAUCGCGUACAAAAUUUUGCGACACAGCGCCAAAUCGAUUCACAGGACAUCCAAUUUCUAACUGAAGAAAACGCACAAUGGUCCCCCUGA